CAUGUCGAGUGAGGAGCCAUGGAAAAGCACGUUACUGCUUCUGCAGUUUCGGAACACAAGCUGUCAGUGCGCACGCGCAUCACUCGUACAUGUCGUAAUUAGAACAUCGGCUAAUGGACGGGAAUACCAACACACCGUAUGAGGUGCGGUCUUCGGAGAAGUUGGGACGAUAUUUGGUAUCCAGUCGAGAUUUAGACCCAGGAGAUGUAAUUUUAACAGAGGCUCCAAUCAUUUUUGGCCCAAAGGCGAUGUCCGAUCCUGAACUUAAAAUGCCUUGUGUUGGUUGUUACAGACCGAUUUUUACUGAUGCAGGCGAACGUUGUGCAAAAUGCGGUUGGCCGGUUUGUUCCGGCAAUUGUUCAGGAUUGACCGACACGAGGCAUCAUGGCAUGGAGUGCCUAAUCCUUCGCAGUAGAGCGCAUUGUGUCGUCGACAACAUGGCGGAUUAUUAUAGGCACGAUGCACUUCUGGCCCUUCGAUGUUUACUACUUCAGAGCGUGGAUGCUCAGAGAUGGAAGCAAAUACUAAACAUGCAGUCACAUAUGGAAUGUAGGAUGCCGGGAACAGAAGCUUAUGAAGAAGCCGAGGAAUUCAUCGUCGAAUACCUCAUCAAGAAUUUUAUAAGUAAACUCGAUAAUGAUACUAAGAUGAAAUAUUUACCAGAAAUGUCUAAGGAACUGUUACAUCGAAUCUGUGGUAUAAUCGACACCAAUGCUCUAGAAAUUCGGUUACCGGAUGGUUGUGAAUUGAAUGGCUUGUAUGCAAGGACUUGUAUAAUGGAGCAUAGCUGUAUUCCAAAUACAAAACAUACUUUUAAUGUUAAUGCAAAUAGCAAAAAGGAUCUAUAUAGUAUAAUUGUAAAAGCUGUUGUUCAUAUUCCCAAAGGAACUAAUAUUUCGACUAUGUACAGUCAUGCAUUAUGGGGAACACAAGCGAGGCGACAGCAUUUAAAAGACACGAAAUACUUUUCAUGUGAAUGUCCUCGAUGCAGCGAUCCAACAGAAUUAGGGACAUACUUCAGCGCUAUGAAGUGUAUUGGAGAUGGUAGAAAGUUAUGCGAUGGAAUACACUUACCAGAAAAUCCCUUAGAUGAUGAAACUGAUUGGGCUUGCAGUAAAUGUAAUGCUAAAGUUGGAAAUUCACAAGUUAAUGCCAUAGUUGUGCAAAUGGGAGAAGAAGUGGAUAAUGUAUUGAUGAUGGGUGGCGUGAUUUCAGUGCUUGAAAAUCUGCUGUGUAGAUUAUCAACAUUUUUACACUCGAAUCAUUAUCAUUUAUAUACGAUAAAACAUUCCUUGAUUCAGUUAUAUGGACGACAGUCCAGUUAUAUGUCAGAGGAUAUUUUAGAUAAAAAGAUUGUCAUGUGUAGGGAUUUAAUUUCAAUUACGACAGUUUUAGAUCCCGGUAAUGCUAGACUAAGUUUAUAUAAAGCUGUUUUGCACCACGAACUCUUUUCAGCUUUAUUAUUAAAAUGUAAAAAAGUAAAAAGUGAUGGAUCCAUAAAAAAAGAAGAAGAAAUAAAGCCUCAAAUCGUUGAAGCUAAAGAUGCUGUGUAUACAGCUAUUGAGGCGUUAAGAGAUGAUCUAGAAGAAACAUCGGGUAAAAAGCUAAUGAAUGUAUUAGAAAAAAGUAAACGAGAAUAUGAAAUAUUUUGUAAAGAAAAGAAUAUCAAUAUUUGAGUAAAUUUUAAUAUCACCAUUAAGAUUAAAUUAGAUAAAUUACAUUAAACAAAAUAGUACUAAAUAAAUAUUGUACUUAAAAUUAA